CCUUUUUCCAUCCUUGACCGACUUCUCCAUUAUUGGAUCCAACACUUUUUUUAUUUCGCAAGUCUCUCGUCCAGCAACGGACGUGUUCUCUUUAGACGUGAUAUCGUCUCUGUUCUGCCUUGCUCAGCUCGUCCUCAUAGUGCGUGCGUCGUAUCUAAAAGGCUGAUUUGGAGGGCUCAAUUAUUGUUGAUACUAACGAGGCAACCGCGCGAGUGCAGACAUCGAGGGGUGUUCCUUGGAUGAAGAUAGCCGUCGCCAACCUGCCUCGCGCCUCGGCCGCGGAGAGAGAGCUUGCGGCCUCCCUCGAUCCAUCUGCUCGCCGUUGAUGAGCGCCGAUGCAUCAGUCGGAGCGCUCUCAGAGCGCACCGGCUUCGAUGCGUAUCGGGAUGCGCGGGCCAUUAUACGUCUCAUUCAGUGUUCACGUUGCUCCUAUCCUCUACGAGUGCCCGUAACUCUUCCCUGCGGCAACACAAUAUGCCGGAUGUGUCUUCCUCGGUCACAUGUUCGCGCAGGCAUUUCAUAUCCGGCCAACCAGGAGAGACAAGAAGGCUUCACGUGCCCCUUCUCGGACUGCACAAAGGAGCAUUCUCUUGCAGACAGCAACCCUGAUGUGGUGCUUGGAAAAGUCCUUGAGCUGAUUGGAGAAGAGGUAGCAAAGUGUAAGACCGAGUCCAGCGAAAAGCCAAUGUUGCUGGAAGAGCAAGCAGUCGUCCACCCUUCAAUGGCCUCGAGCGGUCUCCAAUUUGACCGUCCACGAUCACGGGUGCUACAUGGAGGCAGGCUUCUGGCAACGUAUACAUUUGCUGAGAUGGGCGAACUGGCAUUCAACUCGGACGUAAUUUACAAACCUCUAUACGACGACGAGGACGGCGGAUUGGCUUUGGAUAUGAUGUUACUGGACCGUCUCAAGGAAGUGGUCCGGAACGAGUUUGAUUGCCAAGUCUGCUAUGCGCUCAUGUUAAACCCAGUGACGACUCCCUGUGGACAUACCUUUUGUCGCCGCUGUCUGACACGUGUGCUCGACCAUUCCUUGCUCUGCCCUCUCUGUCGAAGAUCCCUUUCCAUCUCUCCCGCCUUGACCAAUGAACCCAACAAUGAGAGAAUCUGCCGGAUCUUGGCCACGAUAUGCCCCGAGCACUUGGCUUCACGGACCGAAACCGUGACUCGCGAGGAGCAAGGUGCUCUCGGCGAAAGCCAAGUCCCAUUAUUUGUCUGCACAUUAUCAUUUCCUUCCAUGCCGACCUUUUUGCACAUCUUUGAGCCUCGAUAUCGUCUCAUGAUUCGCCGAACAUUAGAAACAAGGACCAGAACCUUUGGCAUGGUCUCAUAUAACCGCACCCGCGAACCGCAAGGUAACCUUGGCACCGUCGAGUUCCGGGAAUACGGUACACUCCUCCGGAUCAUCAAUGCCCAGAUGCUUCCAGAUGGGCGAAGUUUGAUUGAAACCGUCGGCGUCUCACGAUUCAAGGUCAAGGACUGGUCCAUCUUGGACGGCUACGUGGUUGGAAGUAUCGACCGGUACGACGACAUUUCUCUGGUGGAAGAGGAGCGCAUUGAGGCUGCAGAGACGGACCCUGCUCGCCGCAGCAAUGCCAACGGUUCAUCGUCUCCAACCGCGCAGCUUGACCAUUUGUCCACUAGAGAUCUACUCGACAUUGGCAUGAAUUUCAUCCGCAGAAUGCGUGACAACUCCGCGCCCUGGCUCCAUCAGCGCGUGCUCGAAGCAUAUGGGUAUCCUCCGGAAGAUCCAGCUCUCUUUCCGUACUGGUUUGCAAGUGUGCUUCCCAUCUCUGAGCAUGAAAAGUACAAGCUCCUCCCCACCAGGAGCGUUCGAGAACGACUCAAGAUUACCGCGCGAUGGGUUCGACGUGCAGAGUCUCAACGAUGGUACUCUGGAACAUGUACAGUGUUAUGACUAUAUCUGGUGGCCCUCGCGCCUCCCAUUCUCAUUGCCGUUUUACUAGCAUCUCUUGGCGAAAAUUAGCAUCAUCAUUUUUUUUGUUUUUGCUUUUUAUAUUAUACGACUGUGACAUUAUGACAUUUUUUCUGCGCAUUUGUAUAAGAUUACUUUUCUGUAGUUCUCCUUUUUACCUUCUUUCUCCUAUUUU